AUGGAUACACAGGCAGAAAUCAAUGCUGAUUUAAUAUCAUCAAUUAUACCGUUCCCCAACUUGACUGAUCUAUCCAACACCACAUCUGAUUUCGACAAUGAUAUACAGAUUUUAUUAGAUUGGUUGUCUCCUUAUAUACCAGCAACUUCUUUAACCAAGUAUCAGGAUUGUGGUUCCCCCUUGUUAUUGCUAAGAGUUCAGGAACCGUCACAAAGAGUGAAAUCAGCUAUUCGUGGGUGUUUGAAGGAUGAAAUCAAUCAGAUCCAAUUCAUUGAAUUAUACAUUAACACAAUCAAUGAAAAAGUCUCACAAUUUUUUGAAUCGAUCGUCACAAAGAACUUGAAAUUUAUUGAAUACGUUAAUAUAAUUAAGAUUUUGCUACAUUAUUACAAUUCUCAAUUUGAAUAUCUCAAUUUAUCUGAUAAUGUUUAUAAAAAAUUUCAAGCAAAACUCAGUUUUAUAAUCACGUGUAAUUUGCUUAAUGAACAAUCGUCAUUCAGGGCCAAGAUGAACCAAUUUUUUGAAGAAUCAUUAUAUGUUAGAGCAACUUUGAGUAACCCACUGUCAUCGAUCACAUUGAACUUGAUUGAUAUAAUUUCCACUCUAGCAUCAAUUGGCAUGUCUGAUUUGUUGAAUGAAAUUGUCAUCAAAUUAUCCAUUGAUAAAAUCAAACAUUUUACAAAUACAUAUAGUAGAAAUGUAUGGAAUAAACCUUUACUAUCAACCAUCAACAAUUUCAUUCAAAAUGAAAUUUAUCCAAAUUUUUAUAUUGUGAUUAGCUAUACCACAUCGUCCAAUUUGACAGAUUCAAUGAAUAAUGUUUAUCUUUAUGAAUUGGUGAGAAUUGCACAUGAUGAACUAAUAAAUUUAAGAAUCCAAGAAAUAUAUUCUAUGGUUUUGCAAUAUCCUGAAUCUCAAGUUGGGCUAAACGAAUUACAUCACUGUUUACUGAAAGUUAAAUUUAAUCUGAAACAAUAUGAAUUAACGUUGCUUUCGUGUGCUAUUGAUCAUUCAGUUAAUAUUCAAGCAGCACAGAGAACUGAAUUGGUAAAUAGUUUUAUCGAUUACUGUCAUAAGAAUAUUUUGCAUGCCGGCGCCAAUACCAUUGACGUCAUAACCACCUAUAUCAAGACUAUAAAAUCAUUUUUAAUUGUUGAUCCAAAAGGUGUAUUGCUCGAUAAGGUCGUGAGGCCCAUACGACAAUAUUUGAAAACGAGAGAGGAUAUUAUUAUAAAAUUAGUGCAUGGAUUACUUGAUAUUUCUCCUAAUAAUGAAUUGAUUGAAUUGGCUCGCGAAUUACGUCAUCCAAGUAACAAGUACCGUUCAAAACAUGAUCAUUCAAAAGAUGUGUUGGAAGAUUUGCUUGAUUUGAAUUGGCAGCCUGAUCCUAUUGAUGCAUUACCUGAUUUCAAGAAAGGUAAAGUAAGUGAUAUAAUUGAGUCCUUGAUCUCGAUAUUUGACUCCAAGGAUAUUUUCAUUGAUGAAUUCACAAGGUUGUUUGGUGAUAGCUUAAUCAAAUUGAAGGAUUAUAACGUGGAAGAAAUUGAACUGAAUUUGAAUUUGCUAAAAUCCCGAUUUGGUAAGCAAAAUUUUGCCACUUUGGAUGUUAUGAUUCGUGACAUAAAGGAAAGUGAAUAUUUAAAUGAUUUGUUUGUCAGGAACACGAGGAAUACCAAUUUCAAUACUUCUGUAUUAUCUCAUUUAUAUUGGUCGAGUAUUUUGGAGAACAUAAAUACCGAUGCUAACAAUUUUAAAGUUCCCAAAGAAAUCGAGGACAAGUUUCAACUGUUUAAAGAUAAAUUUGCUCAAGAGAAAUAUGGUAGAACUUUGGAACUAUUACCAAGUUUAGGGUUGGUUACAUUACAACUAGAAUUUAAGAAAAGUGGUCCUCGAGUUUUUAAAGUCACUCCAGAUAAAGCAUCGAUAAUCUCUUUGUUCAAUGAAAAAGAAGAUGAAUUAUCAGUGAGUUACAUAGCUCAAACAUUGAACAUGUCAGAAUAUAUGGUUUCCAACGGGUUGGCAUAUUGGGUGAAAGAGGGUGUACUUACGGAAUUAACGAAAACCUUGUAUAUUGUCAACGAUGAUGAUGAUGAAGAAGAAGAAGAGGGAAAUGUGUUUCCAGAAAAGGCAGAAAGCUCAAAACAUGGAAUCGAUAGUGCUACUAGUAAUCUAACGUCAGUUAAAUCUGGAAUGGAAGAUAAAUUUUCAGAGAUUGCUAUUAUUGAAUCUUAUAUUGUUACAAUAUUACAAAAUAUAACCCUGAUAAAUUUUGAAAGAAUGAAAACAUUGCUUAAUUUAAUGGUUCCAAAAGAUAAGCUCGACUUUGCCAAUGUUAGUGAAAGUCUACUUGAAGAAUAUCUUGAUUCGUUAGUAGAAAAUUCCAAAAUUGCUUUUCAAAACGGAAAUUAUAGUUUACCCAAGUAA